AUGACACGAUACAAACUAGACAUUCUUGGUUUAGCAGAGAUGAGGUGGAGUGGAUGUGGUCGUAGUCAGUCUGAAGAAGUUACCAUCUUGUGGCCAGGUCAUGAACAGCAAGCAGUAAACGGAGUUGGAAUGAUGAUAAGCAAAACAGCUGACAAAGCUUUGGUGGAAUGGAAGCCAGUAGAUGAAAGAAUUUUAACGGCAAGAUUUGUUACUAGUCAGUCUAGAUUGACAAUAGUUCAAUCCUAUGCCCCCACUGAGACAGCUGAUGAAGUUGUUAAAGAUAGUUUUUAUGAGAGGCUGCAAGAAACUGUGGAUGGGGUUCAUAGGUAUGACAUAUUGAUGGUGAUGGGCGAUUUUAACACAAAAAUGUCCCCAGAAAGAAUUAAUGGAAUGGUGGGGCCGUUUGCAUCGUCACCUGUAACAAAUGAAAAUGGUGAUCGAUUUAGAACCUUCAGCAAUGUCAAUGGACUUUGCAUUGGCAAUUCCUUCUUCCAACACAAACGCAUACAUAGAUGGACUUGGAGGUCGCCUGAUGGCCAAAUUAAAAAUGAAAUCGAUUACAUAUGUAUUAGUAAGCGUUGGGUGUAA